AGUGCCAUCCGUGCACUUUCCCCACUUCGCAGAUCAGCUUUUAAUAAACCUAACAUAAGCGGAGAAGUAGUUGUGACUCGUGUAAGGACAAAUACCCUGCCCUAUCGUCGGUGGCUUUACGCACAGCGGCAGAGAUGGCGAAGAGUUCCUCCAGAAAGUCUCUCAAAAGUUUGUUCUCCAGGAGUGAAGCCAACCUGCCAGAGUCAGUGGAGAAGGACAAUAAUGAGGGAGAGAAGAAGAGGUACAAGUUCUUAAAGUUCAAAACAAAACCGAAGAGUGUCCCUGCCCCCGUGAAGCCGGCUAAUGAGAGCCAGCAUCUGCACAGUGCUGCUGAGCCCAGUCACACUGUUGAGGAUGGAGAGGCGAUGGCUGACAUCACCUCAGACAACAAGAGAUCUUCUCUCUACGGCACCGCACCCAGGUCAAAGAGCAAAGAGUUGAGCUACUCAGAUCUGGACCUGCGAAAGCCAAAAAGGUUUGCUACCUUCUCCUUUGGUUUUAAAAAGAGAAAGAAGAAUGAAGAGGGAAUCUCUAAGAGCGUAUUUGGCCUUCGUAGACCUGAGAUUGAAGAGCAAGAGGAGACCCCUUCGGACAUCAGUCAGAUGGAGUUGGAUCAGGCCAACAAAAGGUUCAGCAUGUCUCAACCAGAGCUCGACACCUUUGAUACAUUCGACAUCCCCUCUCCUCCCCCUGUGGCCACAAACCACUCAGAAUCAUAUUUUACUUUCCAAAACCAACCGCAGUCAUCAGUUUCAAGUAUUUUUGACGUACAUAAGGAACCACAAAAAGUACCGAUUGCUAGCAUCCCUGAGAUAGAUAAUCUGGGCUCAUUGGAGGAAAAAGAGAAUAUUCCUUUUCAUUAUAACUCCAAUCUAUCGGCCCCUCAGACUCUAACAGAAACCACCUCUGAUGUCGAAAACCAAACUGUACCUAGCCAACUAGCUAGCCAGCCCCCAAGCUUGGAUCACAAAGCUGUCGCUGGUAACCCCACAAGCAACGACAUGAGUGACAAUGAUAUUCUGCAGCAGUCCAACACAAAAACAGAAAUCCCUUUCACUGAAUCCCCCGGAGUUACAUUACCACAUAAUCAACCUGAUGCCCCUGACAUAGCUUUAACGCAACACGGCACACACUCCCUAGCAAGUGUUGAUGCAGCAAUUACCGACUCAAUCCCCGUUCCUCACCCUAAAUACUCAAAUCUAGUCACAGAUUGUACUUCUAUCCACCAAGAAGUCUCAAUUUCUGGAUCUGAGAAAUUUACUCCUGAAACUGCCACGAGUGUAACCACAACUUCAGCUGUUUGCAGGGAAAAAAGUUCUCAGCCUGUCAGUGAAUAUGCCGUCUAUGGGGCACUGUAUGACUCACUUUUCCCCCAGAGUUUUACCUCGGAGAUAUUGUCGUCCCUCUCAAACCCUCCACCUAAGGUCCAUACCGAGAUUAUUCAUCUUAACACCAAAUCGAAGCCGGUAGUGGUAAAAACGCUUAAUGAAUAUCACACAGAAACUAAUGAUAUUAACCACAGAUAUCCACAUUCCUCUCUCAGUUCAGGUUCUUCACCAGUUAACUUUCCUUACACAGAUAUGACCCACCUACUUUUAGAAGUGAAAUCAGACAGUUUUAGCCCUGUUCAAGACAAUGCCAGUUCAGUCCCCAAGGUUGAGUGCUCUGCCCCUCCCAUUUCUGAAUGUGUAACAUCCCAAGUGGCAGACACUCAGGUUACUGCCUCCAAACAGAGAGUGAUCCUAGUGAAACAGUUAGUCGAGGACGAAGCCAUCACCGGUCCUGUCAGUCCCGUGCCUGAAAAGAUGAGCUCAGCAAAGCGCCUUGAGAUAAGAAUUGAAACAAGAGAGACUUUUUUUGCUCCUUCUGGAACGACAGAUGGCUCUGAAGGGCCUUUAAGUCCUGCAUACCUGAGCGUGGGAUCAGAUGAAGGUAGUGUCAUGGAGAUCUACUACAGUGCUGAAGAGGACAACGCAGAAGAGAGCGGGGAAGAAGAAAUGUACACGAUGGAUGAAAGGGGAGAAAUGUCAAUGGUAGAUGGGGGGACAGAGGCUGAGUUUCAACAGCAAGAGGAGAUUGCAGAAAGAUGGAUAAGAAAGAGAGAUGAGGGAGAAUUUCGGGGGGUGAUUGUUAAAGUGCAAAAUGAGGUAGGCAUGAUAGGCAAUGAAGAAAGGAAAGAGGAUGUCGAAAGCCAAAGUGUAGUGGAGAAAAAAGUGGCAGGUCAGAGGCCUCAGGUUCAAGUGCAGGACACUGAAACAUCUAUGUUUCUUGUAAGCAGUGAUGCAAGGAGUCAGGAGAACGGAGUAGCAACCAAAGUGUUGCCACAGGUGAAAGAAGAGGGGGAGGGGGAGGAGGAGCGAGAGAAGGAGUUACUGGCCACACCGGUUCAGCAGGUGAAAACACUGAUGGUAUGCAACUUUGCUCCACCCUCCACUGAGCUGCAUGGACAGGGGGAGGGGUCCAGGGGAAACUGGACUGAGGAAUUGGAGAAAGAAGACCACUCUAAUGGGGACACCCAACUCCCGAGCGAGGUGAUACAGUAUCUGACUCAUAAAGGCAUCAUGAACUCUGUGCUUGUAAAUGCUGAUUCCAGUAUCACAAGAGAGGAAGACAUGUUCACACCCAGAUUGAGAGAGGCCGAAGAGCUAGUUUCACUGACUGGGGUGGCACACAAAAUAGUUGAAGUGAGCAAAGAAAGCAUAGAAAGCAGCAGUGUCACUACAGCAAAUGCAGUCACAGAUACGCCUGCUAGGGUGGAGGUUGUCUCAGGUAGUUUGACUCGCAGUGCUGAGCUGCAAUCAGAUGCCACGGAGGUUGAACACAAUAGGGUCCUAAAGAGUAGUGAGUGGGUAGAUACAAUUACUCAGAGCACAUACAGAACCAGGACAGUGCAAGAACAGGUGGCAGUCGAGUUGUCAGCCCCUAACGUAGACGCACAACGUCCUGCUGCAGAGACACCGAUACAUACAUCAGAGAGAUACGGGCAUCCGGAAGAAGUGCAACCCGACCUGAAUCAGGGAUCCCUAACAGUAGCUUCAGGAGUCUUUGUUUUAGAGAAUCAGCUGGCUAAAGUCGAAAAGGAAUCUGUGGGCGAAAUGAGCUCAGGCUACAGCAGCCUGAACACCAAACUUUCGUUAAAGAAGACCUCUCUCCCUGAAGAGGAUGAUACCAAAUAUCGUUACCGUAAAGUGUCUCUGAUCACUGAGGCCACUGAGGAUAGCAAGGACACAGUUGACUCCAGCAAAACAAGCACCACUUUCACUGAUCCAAACGGAACAGACAUGGGCUCGGAGUACAGAUGGAGGAACAAAUUUGAUGGGGUUUCUCAGUACACACCGUACACAAGAGAGGAUUCCUCCUAUUCUGAUCCUCUGAGUGACAGAAUGUCAAGCUCCUACUCAAGUAUCUACUCCUCCUCUGAUCUCCCAGAGGCUGCAGCAUACAAACACCUGAGCGACACCUCCCCAUCCCUCUCUUUAGAGGAGCGGUAUGGCAGCAGACUGACUGACAGGAGCAAAAUAUAUCAGAGCUAUGAAAGCGAGCCAGCAGAGGCACCAAAGGAUGAGUGGAGGAGGAGUUUAGUGGAGCAGGAGGAGCCUGCUGCACCUGCCAUGGAGAGGCAGGGAGAGGCAGAGGCAGAGUCAGAGAGGAUAAAGUCAGGCUGGGACUCACAGCAGCUACCUUCAUCCGGCUUCACGUCAACACAACAAUCCAGCGAGGACACCUUCGACAAUUUCCAAGACAAAGGCGACGACUCAUCCCGCUUUACUGGAGUGUUCAAGGCAACACUCGUGGAGCUGGUUUCCGAACCUGCAGCUCGCCCCUCCACUCCCCCUGCCUCCCCAGACCAAGACUCCCCUUACCAGUUGGACAUGGAUAGCCUGGUGGAUACCCUGAAGAACAUGGGACCUGCCUUAAGACCCAGGAACAUGGGACUUCGUGGGCCUCCUCCGGUUCUCGUCUCCUCCCUGCCACCAAUCGUUGAGGAUACUCCCAGCCACAACAACUUUGACAUCCCUGACUCCAUUGGCAGCCCCACAAAAAAGAUUGCGGCAAUAGGCAACCCUGCAGAGUCCCUCAAAGGGAUGUACACUCUGCCCGCUGACCUGGGACUGAAGAGGAACAUCGCCCGAGACACUCGCUCACCACUGGAACUAUUAAAACAGAGCCAGCAGGAGCAGCAGCAGCCUGGAUCCAACAUCUUGAACUUGCCCCUGAGAGCAUCUGCUACCAACAGUUUAGUAAUGAGAACAUCCUUUGACUCUUCCUCUGAGAAUUAAAAUCCCCAGUGCUCAAUGGAAAUGACUUUCAUUCAGCUUCCAGCAUUGGCUCACGUCUAGAAAACAGUGUCAUCUUUAAAAACCAUAGGUCAGCAUCCAUAGAUCAGACCAUGGAAAACGG